AUUACCGUUCCUCUUAUGCUUCGCGCUAUAGGAGCGCUGAUUUUCAGGACAUUCACAGACAGAUAUGGCGACAAGUGGUCCAUGAUUAUGGAUCUGGUCCUAAUCACUGUUCUAGAGCUUGCCUCUAAUUUUUGUUACACCUUGCCAUAA